AUGAAUUUACGUCUACUGCUCGUUGUAUUUUCUUAUGUGCUUUUCACGCAAAUAGUCGUUGGAAACAUUGAUGAUUUUGAUUGUGUUGAUAUAUACAAACAACCCGCUUUCCAACAUCCAUUGUUGAAACACCACAAGAUUCCGGAAAAAUUCAUUUCAAAUAAAAGUUUUAAUAGGAAAAAGAAACAUAAAACAAAUGAUCAAAUUUGUCCAAAAGGAACCGUGGCAAUCUUAAAACAGAGAAGUAGAACUGAGAGCCUUCAUCUCAACUCGUACGGUCAAUUCGGCCACCAUUUUGCAGUAAUGGAAACUUUUCCGGAUGAGAGGAGCAUCUAUCGAGGAGCACAAGCUGAUAUAAGUAUCCAUAACCUAACAUUACGAAAUAACCAAUUAAGUAAAAGUCAAAUUUGGUUAGAGAAUGGACCUCCUGGCGAACUUAAUAGCAUACAAGUUGGCUGGGCGGUGCAUCCAAGAGUGUAUGGAGACAGUGCCACACGAUUUACUAUUUAUUGGACCGCAGAUGGCUAUAAAACCACUGGAUGCUAUAAUACAAACUGCCCUGGCUUUGUUAUUUUAACUCGAAAACCCUCCAUUGGAAGCAUUUUUAAACUAUCCUCUGUGUAUGGUGGUGACAAAACAGUUAUUUUCACACCACACGUUUUUCAGGACGGAUUUUUUGGAUGUUGGGCAUUGAAAGUAGAUGACGAAAUAAUUGGAUAUUGGCCUAGAGAGCUAUUUACACACUUGAAAAAAGGUGCUUCUCGGGUGCGUUUUGGUGGAAACACAUUUAUGUCUCCAGAUGGGAUUAGUCCUCCAAUGGGAAAUGGUCAUUUUCCGCUUCAAGACUAUCAAAGGAGUGCAAGUUUCCUUCAUGUGAAACUUACGGAUCGUAAUUAUCACAGUUUCGAAGCCAAAAAUAUAUUAAGGAAUGCAGAUUCUAGGUGUUAUAGACUAAUGGAUCGGUAUUACACCGAGCAGAAUGGAAAGUCCUUUUCUUUUGGAGGAGCAGGUGGAAGAUGUGGUUAUUAA